AUGACCUCAUCCAUUGCGGUAUUUGCUAUACCAGCGGUGCUUCUCGCACUGCUUUUGCGGUUCAUCAUCCAAUCUUUUCGCUCUCCACUACGAACUGUCCCGGGACCUACUCUCGCCCGAUUUACAGAUGGCUGGUACUUCUGGAAAGUCUGGGGAGGGUCAUUCCAAGAUGUAAACUUGGACCUGCAUAAGAAAUACGGAGCGAUUGUUCGAUAUGGCCCCAACCGAUACAGUUUCAACGAUCCCGAAGCAGCCAAGACGAUCUACGGUCUGGGCACUCACUUCCCAAAGUCGUCGUGGUACUCAGCCUGGGCAACUCCUGGCACAUGGGCCAUCUUCAGCGAUCAAUCAAUCAAACGUCACAACCAGAACCGAAAGCUCUAUCAGGCAACCUAUGCGAUGUCUUCACUUGUCCACUACGAACCCUUCGUCGAUGACUGCGCCGACAUCUUUACUCAGCGUCUCUCUGAAAUGUCCAGUACUUCAACCCAUCUCCCUGUUGACAUGCGACAUUGGUUCCAGUGCUAUGCAUUCGAUGUCAUCGGUCUGAUUACCUACGCGAAGCGUUUCGGCUUUCUGGACAACGGAGACGACGUAGGCAAUGUUAUCGGUGCUUUGGAGGACCAUUUAGGCUAUGCGACGUUAGUUGGCAUUUUCCCAAGUCUUCAUAAGUACCUAUACAAGAUCAGGAACUCGCUAGCCGGAGGAAAGGGGACAGGACGAGCAUACAUCUUGAACUUUACAAACGAGAGGAUUCGUCAAGCCCAGGUAGCUCCCAAGCCCGUCGCCGCAGAGAGUGAGGUCACUAUGGAAGACUUUCUCACAAAGUUUCUGGCGAAGCAUGCUGCCUCUCCGGAUAUCUUCACUCAAUAUCAUGUUCUCAUGGGAUGUACAUCGAAUAUGGUUGCGGGGUCUGAUACAACUGCCAUCAGUCUUUCAGCUGUCCUGUACUAUCUACUGAAGAAUCCGGAUUGUUUACAGAAGUUGAGGGCCGAGAUCGAUGACUUGACUGCACGAGGAGAAUUGUCCAAGUCUCCUACCUUUAAGGAAAGUCAGCAGAUGGUCUAUUUCCAGGCUGUCAUCAAGGAGGCGCUACGAAUGCAUCCCGCCACUGGUCUCCCACUCGAGAGAGUUGUUCCUGAGGGCGGUGCAACAAUUUGCGGAAGAUUCUUUCCAGAAGGAACUAUUGUCGGCAUCAACACAUGGGUAGCUCACCGUGAUACUCGUGUUUUUGGUCAAGAUGCCAAUUCCUUCAACCCUGACAGAUGGCUCACGGCCGAAAGCGAGAGACUCUCCAUGAUGAACCGUUACUAUAUGCCGUUCGGAAUAGGCUCACGCAACUGUAUCGGCCGACACGUCUCAAUGCUCGAGAUGUCGAAGCUGAUUCCUCGAAUUAUUCGCGAUUUUGACUUCACCCUUGAUUCUUCGUUGCAACAUCAGAAUUGGCAUACCCAGAGCUAUUGGUUCGUCAAGCCUCUUGAUUUCAAAGUUCGCAUUCAGCCACGUCUUUCAGAGAAGCAGAUGUUGUGA